AUGACAGCCGUGGCGCAACCACCGAAUUUCCAUUCCGGCCCUAGGUCAUGGAAUGGUGGGCAGAAUAAUCUCAACUCUAUGACUGCCGACGAAGUAGCGCGAAUCUUUAUCAAGGGCUCCCAACGCACGUCUGGCGCAUCUUCAGUAUCAUCAUCUGCAUCGUCAUCCUCGGUUGCCUCAGACGGAUCGAACGGGGUGUGGGGAAAUUCACUCAACGGAAAGAAAAAGGGAACAGGUCGUGGAGGAGUGAGGGUUGCUUCUAACGGAGGCUGGCCGGCGAAACCUGACAUCAUGAGGGCACCUGGAGGCGCUAACGGCCAUUCCGGCUCAUCCGUGUCUAGCUUGCCGAUAAAUUCGAUGCACCAGGCAAUGCCUAUACUUCCAUCGCAACAUCUGAUGAGUAACGGUACCCAGGUGAAUGGAGGCCAACAGCCGCAAAACAAUUCAUAUUUGAUGCUACAGCCCCUCAACGGGACUUUUGAUCGAAAAUACAUCCCACUACCUUAUUAUCCAGAAACUUUACGAAUAGGCAGGCAAACCAACGCCAAGACUGUCCCUACACAAAGCAACGGCUUUUUUGACUCGAAGGUUCUGUCGAGGCAACAUGCUGAGGUAUGGGCGGAAAAGGUGAAUGGUCGGGUGUGGAUACGUGACAUCAAGUCGUCGAACGGGACUUUUGUCAACGGGCAAAGACUUUCGCAGGAAAACCGCGACAGCGAGCCCCACGAACUCCGGGAAAAUGACGUAUUGGAGCUAGGGAUUGAUAUUGUGGGGGAGGACAACAAAACAAUCAUUCACCAUAAAGUGGCCGCAAAGGUGGAGCAUGCAGGAAUGCAGUCGUCGGGUGCUGGAAGCUUUGAGGUAAACUUUGGGGACCUUGACUCCAUGGGUGGUGGCUCUUUAAUGAACUCUCAAAUGAAUCACGUGUCUCUACAGAAUAACAGUCUCCGAGGCCGAUCGGGUUCCCAAGGCUCGCGGAGCUCAGCAAUGAGCGUUAGCGGAGGCAUGAAUCACCGACAGGUUCCAAUGAUGAUUGCACCAGUCACUAUGGAAAUGGUCGUCAAAAAGCUGAAUUACGAGAUUCAAGUAGCGAAACAGCAAUCGCAAAGCCUUCAGCGAACCACAGAGAUUUAUGAUGCUCUCUUAACAACGCCAAAAUCUGCCGAAGAGUCUCAAAAUCAGGUCGACUCUAAGAUUGGAACUGAGGAGUUGCCAAUAGCAUAUAAUUCAACGUCUGCCCUACCGCCCCCUCCACAACUAACUAGUUGGGAGUUACCACGGACAUCUUCAGCCCCAAGUAUUGGUUUCCUACCACCGCUCAAAUUGAAGUCCGAGAAAACACUAAAAACAGAGACAACAAGCUCCCCUCCACAACUUCUCACUCUUGUAGAUGCUUUGGAGAAAGCCCGUAAAGAACUCGAACUGAAGACAGCGCUCGUCAAAGAUCUAGAAGAUGCGUUAAGAAGAGAAAAAAGUGCACGCGAGGACGCGGAGGACCGCGCCUCACAGCUCGAAACAAGAGCCUUGUCUGGGAUUUCCCGUGACAGGGUACUUGGAGAGUUUGAGGCGGAGAAAGUUUUGGCAGAUGAAAAGGGUGAUAUAGAUGAUACAGAGACUCUCUGCGGCGAUGAUGAUAAAUCCCUCGACGGACAGCCGGAUAUGCCAAUGAACGUCAUUCAAUCAAAUGACGACACCUUGGAGGUCAAGCUCGAUCCAUCUGCUCUGGCAGCAGCUGAAGCGGCGAACAGACUCCAGAGGCGCGUCGAGGAGAUGAUGCUAGAACUUCAGUCUGCAAAGGCAGAAAUCGAGGCAUAUAAACGUCGGACGGAAUCUGCAGAGGAGGAGAGCCGAACAACACGAAAGACUCUCGCUGAAAUGGUGGAGAGCAUUAAAAAAGAGGAAGAAGCCCGAAAGUCACGCAAGCGACAGUCUGGAAGCCAGACAGAUCCAACAGCUAUGCGAAAUUCUGGUAUCCAAGCAAAUACCGACGGUGUCAGUGAAGACGCCAUGGAUUCCGUAUCAAACGGGACAGUAAAACAGAAAGACAUUGGAAAGCUUCCAAAUGGCACUAGAAUGUCUUCUGAAGAUUUGGCAAGAACAUCCUUAGUUCUUUCGAAACGAAAUGCGGCGCCCUAUGUCAGUAUCUUUGGAGUCAUGUUACUUGGCGUAGGGUUGAUGGCUGUCAUGAACUCCUGGCAAAAGGGAGAGCGUUAG